AGGCCUGCUGUUCCCCCCCUGCCAAUCACUGGCUUCUCGGUCCGCCCGACAUCAGUUUAUAUUGCUCGUCAUCUGCUAUCGUCGAACGGCGCAUCCAGCCGGUCACUAGUGUUCGCAAUAUACUAUACCCAAUGUCGCGAUUCUCGCGUCCCGAGCUUCCGGCACGAAUCCUCUCUACUGAAAACGACAUAUAAAUGAUGAGCCCGUCUCACGAUCAUUCAACACCCCCUCGUUUCUCAUCCGAGUCCUAAACGACGCUCGCUCACAUAGUUAACCAAACCAAGCUGCCAAGAUGAAGACCGCCGCCCUUUUGUCCCUCCUACCCCUCGCGUCCGCCAAGGUCCUCUGGGAUGGCCGCUUUAACGACCUAUCCUCUUCCACCGACCUCAACAACUGGUCCUGGUCCAAUCAGGUUGGCCCCUACCAGUACUACAUCCACGGCUCUGGUGACGUGACGAAGUACGUCAACCUGUCGCCCUCGUACAAGAACCCCAGCGACGGGGCAUCGAAGCAGGGAGUCAAGAUCACGCUCGACAGCACGGCCUACUGGAACGGCCAGAAUAUGCGUCGUACCGAGCUCAUCCCUCAGACCAAGGCUGCCAUCGCGUCUGGCAAGGUGUGGUACCACUUCAGCAUCUCGCGCAAGGACGCCAACGCACCAAGCGUCUUCCGCGAGCACCAGAUCGCCUUCUUCGAGAGUCACUUCACCGAGCUCAAGAGCGGAUGGAUCAGUGGCGAGCAGGGCACCAGCAACAACAACUUGCAGUUUAUGGUACAGGGCAAGAGUCUGUGGAAGACCGAGUGGAAGCCGGACGUGUGGCACAACGUUGCCUAUGAGAUUAACUUCUCCAGCGGAAGUGUUGGCUUCUGGCACUCCGAGGGCAGCGCACCCCUGCAGCAGGUUGUAGCUCCGGUCUCCGCCUCGACUUCAUCCAAUGGUCAGGACUGGCAUCUGGGUGUUCUCGAACUGCCUCGCAGCGGCUACUCCGACACUAACGAGGACUUUUACUUCUCCGGUGUCUACGUCGAAGACGGUGCCAUCACCACCUCCGUCACUGGACCAGGAAAACCCCCGGAAGUUUAA